AUGGCCAAUCAAGUGACGGCGUCCAAGAAGCCAGCGCAGGCCGCGAGGGAGUCCAAGCCCACUGUCGUCAAGAAGCCAGCGCAGGCAGUUUCGAGGGAAUCCAAGCCGACAGUCUCGAAGAAGCCGUCGAGGGCGCAGAUCGAGAGGAAGACGAGCACCGACAAGCUCGACGCAGUCCUCCAGGCCGAACUUCAUGCCUCCUGGAUGGCCGAGAGGUUCAACUCGGGCGAGCUCACGGGGCUCCAGGGCGACGAGCCCCAGCCUCGCUAG